AUAAUUAAUAAUAAUACAAAUUUUAUAAAAUAACAUAUAGAUAUUUGUAAUUUCUUAUUAAAACAAUUAAUAUCAAAUUGUCAAAGAAAAAAGGUUAACCGGUAUAUAAUGUUUAUUUUUAUUAAAUGUAAAAGAACACAAAAUUUUUUUUCCAUGUUUUAUUAUUAAGAAAAAAAAAUUAUUGUCUACUUUGAAAAUCUUCUGCCAUUCAACUUUUUCAAUUCUUUCUUGGAAAUAAAAAGCUGACGUUGACGUUGAUUCGGCGCCAUGAUUUUUCAAAACCUUUGAAGCUAAAUAUUUUUUUAACUGUUAACAAUAUAAACUUGUUAAAAAUGGAGAUUGAACAUAAAUAUACAUUUGUGCCUCUUGUUCAAAAAAAUCUUAUUAAUAUAAACGAUAAAAAAAUUCAAGAAUUUCUUUCUAAAUGGGGAAUUAAAGGAAAUUUUAUUAUCCAACAUUUUACAUUCAAUGAACCUUUUCAAAAAUAUCAUAAAUAUCAUUUAGCUGAAGCUUUUUUUAAAGAUAGUACUGUUGCUAAAGAAUUAUUAACAAAGCAAGGAAAUUAUUGGGCAAAACAAGAUAUAAUAGCAUCAAGUGUAGAAAUAAAUCCUAUUUCUUGUUCUGUUUUAAAUAUGUCUUUCUUCAAUAAAUUAAAAGAUCCUAAAAAUGGAAUUGUGCACAAGUCUGGAGCAAUUUGUAAAAGAUUUGAUAUGGAAAUAGAAAAUUUUCUAAUCUCUGAUAAUCUUAGAGCAAUGUUAUUAGAUGAAGAAUGUCCAGAGUAUAAUUUAUAUUUAAAAGAUGAACGAGAAGAAUUUAUAUUUUUUAUUUUUCAAAUGCUUGUUCUUGGAGGAAUAUUGUGUCAAUAUGAAGAUAUUUUAAAUCCAUACUUAGAAGUAACAAGAGCUAUGUAUAAGGAUUUAAUAAAAGUACAAAAAAAUGAAGAUAGUGAUUUAUCAAUUAGUACAAUAGUUUUACAGGUAGUAGCUAAAGAUAAUAAAGGAGAAGCAUAUUUUCCAUAUGAUCCAUCACAUAUGCAAAAUAUAGGAUUUCUAUUAAUUGACAGUGUAACUCAUGAAAUUACAACAUUUUUGCAUCAGUUUGGCGAAUAUUGUCUUUCACAAUGAUUAAAAAAAAUUUACAGAAAAUUAUAUCAUAAAUAUAUUUUAUGAAAAAAAAAACAUUACUCCAUAUACCAAAUCAUUAUAUUAUGAAUUAUUUAUAUUAUAUAUUUAUUAUGUACUUA